UGCGGAGAAGAUUGAUUGAUGUCGAAUUUCUGCUUUUCUUCAAGUGGUGUUUGUGUUUGUAGGGCUAACACAAAUGGGCAACAACAUGCAUUGGAGCAUAAAGUUAUUAUAAUUAUAAUUAAAUAAUACUAAAUCCUACCUUCAAAUUUGUGGACUCGAUCAAUGAGAGCAACAAAAUUACUAGUGGCGGAAAUCCUACCAAUCCAAUUGAAAAAUAUCGAUGGUCUCCACCUCAAAGAUUUCAACCAUUCGUGAAUUAUGCGUCACCUCGCACAUUUAAACUUAGUGGCGGGUCCCCCUACAAAUUCAUGCACACAAAUAUUAUAAAUAGGUUUUGUGAGCCACUGCUUAAUUGUUCGUGAUACAAUCAAACACCAGCAGCACGAGUGUUGUUUCAUUCCUUUGCAAAUUAUUAUUAGAAUUUCUUUAAAAUGGAUACUUCUCGCAGAAUUUCUGGAUUCAAGUACGAUUGUUUGCUUUUGGAUAUGGACGAUACUCUCUACCCAUUGAGCACAGGUCUCAAUUUGGCAUGUCGAAAGAACAUAGAAGGGUAUAUGUUGAAACAUCUGCUGAUGGAAGAAAGUGAAGUACCAAAGCUUUGCGUGGAUUUGUACAGGGAGUAUGGGACAACUAUGGCAGGACUAAAGGCCUUUGGUUAUGAGUUUGACAAUGAUGAAUUUCAUGCCUACGUGCAUGGAAGAUUACCAUACGAGAAACUGAAGCCAGAUCCAGUGUUAAGGAGCCUUCUGCUUUCCAUGCCUCAGCGUAAAAUAGUAUUCACUAAUGCAGAUCAAGCACAUGCACACCAAGUUCUCAACAGAUUGGGGUUGAACGAUUGUUUUGAUGGCAUCAUAUGCUUUGAAACGCUUAAUCCGCCUAAUUACACAAAUGUACCUACUGAUACUCACUUGCUAACAUGGAGUAAGUCGUUUAACAAAGACUGUAACCAAGUAGAGAGCGGAUGUUUCAACUCCAAGACACAAAUCCUAUGCAAACCCUCUGUGGAAGCCAUUGAAGCUGCCAUUCAGAUUGCUAAUGUAGAUCCAAGGAAAACGUUGUUUUUUGAUGACAGUGCAAGAAACAUUGCAAGUGGGAAAGCUGCUGGACUUAACACAGUUAUUGUGGGACGCUCAGAUUUGGUGCCUGGUGCUGACUAUGCACUGAAUAGCAUUCAUAAUAUCAAAGAAGCAUUGCCCAAAAUAUGGGAGGUUGAGGGAGAGCUACAGCAAAUGAUCCAAUCCCCAGCAGUUGAAACCAUGGUCCUUGCAUAGAUUUUGCUUUGAAAAGAAACAAAUUUUACCUACCGAGCAAUCCCAACAACCAUGGUCCAUAGCAAUUGUCUCCCCACAAAUGGUGAUGCUUAAAAAUGUAAAUCAUAUUGUUGGGAGCAUGUAAACACAAAUAACUAAGGCAAAAAUUAAGAAAUGGAAAAGAGAAUACUAUUCUUAUAAGGAUUAAGCAUGAGUCUAGUCAUACAAAAUAUGGAUGUGGUAUCUCCGCUGUGUCUCCGGAAGUCAACCAAUUUGGCAGCCACUAAUGAUAAUUCAGACACAUUAACAUGAUUAAUAAGGGACAAUCAGAAAAUUGGAAAUUGAACUGAAAAUCAGAAGUGAUGUGCUUCCACGUAAAGAUCAACCCUCUAUAGGCAGUUCUCCGCAAUUAACAAUUCUGCAAGGUUUCCGAGGGACAUCUGACCUACUCGUCUCCUGGGAUUCAAGUGUCUUCACAACAUCCAUUCCAUCAAUGAUAUGUCCAAAUACAACGUGCCAAUUGUCUAGCCAUAGAGUCUGCAUCAAAAAAACAAGACACUUAAUGCUGAAUAAAAGUCAAAAUUUUCAAGAUUCGAA